CUCUGACGCGCCGCUCGUCCAUGUUUUGUUAGCUGCUCUUUGCUAGCAGACGUCGAUUCGGCCGAACUCGGUUCCAGAUGAGUAUUUCCGCAUGAAACGGUUCAAACGCUGCUCCUAGUCCGAGGGGGAGGAUGGCGCAUCGAUGUCCCCUGCCUUUGCCGUCCCAGGGGACCGAGCACCUGGAACCGGAUAACGAUUCCGACCGGGACUCCGGCGUCGGGGAGGACGCCGACAGUUGCCAUGGAGGCGCAGAAGAAGAAGAAGAAGGAGGAGGAGGAGAAGAAGAAGAAGAGGGAGUCAACACGCAAAGUGGCGUGGAGGAAGAGGGCUCUGCAGUUUGUAUUGCCUUCCAGGGGAACAUGGAGGAUGAGGACUUCCCUCAGAAGCUCGAGUGUGUCCUCAGAGGGAUCCCCAACAUGCUCGCCCUGGGCCCCGAGAGGCUCCGGCCGCGCCGCGUGGAGCCGUGGAACAGCGUGCGGGUCACCUUCAACAUUCCUCGGGACGCCGCCGAGCGACUGCGGCUGCUGGCGCAGAACAACCAGCAGCAGCUCAGAGACCUCGGCAUCCUGUCCGUGCAGAUCGAAGGGGAAGGCGCCAUCAACGUGGCUGUGGGACCAAUCAGGGGACAGGAAGUCAGAGUGAAUGGACCAAUCGGAGCGCCGGGCCAGAUGAGAAUGGAUGUUGGCUUCCCAGGUCAGCCCGGUCCAGGCGGGGUGCGGAUGGCUAACCCGGCCAUGGUUCCCCCCGGGCCCGGCGCGGCGGCGCCGUCCACGCUGCCGGGCGGCAGCGGGCAGCUGCACCCUCGUGUUCAUCGGCCGUCUUCACAGACAGACAUGAAGGACCCGAUGAUGCCGGGUCUGCAGCUUCAGCACCAGCAGGCCGGGCCUCACGUCUCGGGCCCCGUGCCUCCUCAGGCCGCCCAUCACAUGCAGGCUCUGCAGGGCGGGAGGCCGCUCAACCCCGUCGCCCUGCAGCAGCUUCAGCAGCAACACCAUCACCAGCAGCAACAACAGCAGCAGCAGCAACAACAACAACAACAACAGCAGCAGCAGCAGUCUCAGCUGGGCCCGAGGCCUCCGUUCAACCCGUCCGGUCAGAUGUCCGUUCCUCCCGGCUGGAACCAGCUGCCCUCCGGGGUCCUCCAGCCUCCGGCAGCCCAAGGGGGCCCCGCCUGGAGGAAGCCCCCCCCCCAGGCCCAGAUGGUUCCCCGUCCUCCCUCCCUCGCCACGGUCCAGACUCCCAGCCACCCUCCGCCCCCGUACCCGUUCGGCAGCCAGCAGGCGGGGCAGGUGUUCAGCGCCAUGGGGCAGGGCCCGUUGCAGCAGGCGGGUCAGUUCGCCGCCCCCCAGCUCAAAGGCCUCCAGGCUUGCCCCGGCGGCGCCGUCCGGCCCCCUCCGCCCCUCCCGCCGGCGUCCGGGCCGCAGGGCAACCUCGCCGCCAAGUCGCCCGGCUCCUCCUCGUCUCCUUUCCAGCAGAGUUCUCCGGGGACUCCUCCCAUGAUGGCUCCGAGGCCGACGACGCCGCAGGGCUUCCCCCAGGGCGUCGGCUCGCCGGGGCGCGCCGCCCUCGGCCCGCAGGGCGCCGUGCAGCAGGGCUUCAUGGGGAUGCCGCAGCACGGGCAGCCCGGCGCCCAGGGUCACCCAGGCAUGCCGAAGCGUCCGAUGGGCUUCCCCAACCCCAACUUUGUCCAAGGUCAGGUGAGUGCCGGCACUCCGGGAACCCCUGUGGGCGGAGCCAGUCAGCAGCUCCAGAGCAGCCAGGCGAUGACUCACACAGGAACUCCGCCCUCGGCCUCCGCACCAAAUCCCAUGCAGGGUCCCCCGCCCAACGUGAUGGGCAUGCAGAGCGGCAUGCCGGGCCUGUCCCCCGGCGCCGCCGCCGCCGGGCCCCAGCCCGGCCUCCAGAGCCAGAUGCUGGGCCUCCAGCAUCAGGCCCAGCCCGUGUCCUCCUCCCCCAGCCAGAAGCUUCAGGGCCAGGGUGGAGGUCAGACCGUCCUCUCGAGGCCCCUCAGUCAGGGGCAGAGGGGGGGGAUGACCCCACCCAAGCAAAUGAUGCCUCAGCAGGGCCCGGGGGUGAUGCAUGGGCAGGGGCAGAUGGUUGGAGGCCAAGGGCACCAGGCCAUGCUCCUACAGCAGCAGCAGCAACAACAACAACAAAACUCUAUGAUGGAGCAGGUGGUUGCCAACCAGAUGCAAGGCAACAAGCAGGCGUUCGGAGGCAAGAUCCCAGCUGGAGUCAUGCCCGGCCAGAUGAUGCGCGGCCCGGCUCCCAACGCUGCAGGCACCAUGGCUCAGUUCCAGGGCCAAGUCGGCCAGCAGCAGAUGACCCCACAACAACAACAACAACAACAGCAGCAAAUGGCUCAACUCCAGCAGCAACAACAACACCAGCAGCAGAUGAACCAGCAGCCGCAGCAGGUUCCUAUUGCUGGCAACCCGAGUCAAGCGAUGGGGAUGCACGGGCAGCAGAUGAGGCUGCCCGCCGGCCACCCUCUGAUCCAACAACAGCUGCAGCAGAAACAACAACAACAACAACAACAGCAGCAGCAGCAGGCAGCUCAACAGCACCCUCAUGCUUUGGGGGAUCCCAACAGUGGGACAGAGGACCUGGGGGUCCAGCAGAUGGCCCCUGACAUGCAGGCGCAGCAAGGCAUGCUGGGAGGCCCUCAGCACAUGCAGAUGGGGAACGGCCACUUCGGGGCUCACGGCAUGAACUUCAACCCCCAGUUCCAGGGCCAGAUGCCGAUGGCGGGCGCCAGCGUGCAGCCGGGGGGCUUCCCCGUCAGCAAGGACGUGACCCUGACCAGCCCGCUGCUCGUCAACCUGCUGCAGAGCGACAUCUCCGCCAGCCAGUUCGGCCCAGGGGGGAAACAGGGAGGAGCCGGCGGCGCCAACCAGGCCAAACCCAAGAAGAAGAAACCGGCACGGAAGAAGAAGCCCAAGGAGGAAGACGCGCCGGCAGAGGGACUCGGCGGUCUGGACGGAGCUGCUGGUCUGGAGGAUUCCGAACUGCCGAACCUGGGCGGUGAGCCGAGUUUGGGUUUAGACAACGCUGGUCAGAAGCUCCCCGAGUUCUCCGGCCGGCCGGCGGGCUUUCCUGGCCAGCCUGGAGACCAGAGAGUGUUGCAGCAGGUACCGAUGCAAUUCAUGCAGCAGCAACAACAGCAACAACAACAACAGCAGCAGCAGCAACAACAAAUGCAGCACAUGCAACAGCAGCAGAUACAACAACAACAAAUGCAGCAGCAGCAACAAAUACAACAGCAAAUGCAGCAGCAACAACAACAGCAGCAGAUGCAACAACAGCAGCAGAUGCAGCAGAUGCAGCAGAUGCAGGGUCUCCAGAAUGCUCAAGGGCAGCAGGCGAUGCCCGGGCCGCAGACUCCGGCUCAAGGUCAGCCCCAGAUGCACCCUCACCAGCUGCAGCAACAACAACAACAACAACAACAACAGCAGCAAACUCAACAGCCACACCUGCUCCAACAGCAACAACAGCAGCAGCAGAUGAUGAUGAUGAUGAAGAUGCAGCAGGAACAGGCGAAGAGUCGCAUGGCCGUCCCCCCAGGAGGGCAGCUCCCCCCUCGGGGGAUGGGCAACCCGCCCGAGGUGCAGCGGCUGCCCGUCUCGCAGCAGAGCAACAUGCCGGUGAUGAUCAGCCUGCCGGGGCACGGGGGGGGCGGGGGGGUCCCGCCCUCACCCGACAAGGCCAGGGGGAUGCCCCUGAUGGGGAACCCACAGCUCGCGGGAGCCGCGCGAAGAAUGUCCCACCCGGAUGUCGUGCCGGGUCCUCCAGGCUCCGGGUCUGAAGAACCCGCUGCGGGGGCGCACGCCAAGCCGCCCGGUGGCCCGGACGUCGGGGUGCAGCACCCCGGCACCGGAGCCCAGCAGAUGACGGCCAACCAGGGCGCCGGCGCUCACCCGAUGAAGCAAGGCCCCGGGGGGCCGGCGCCGAUGCCGCAGCACGCCGGCGCCCAGCAGCUGUCCGGCCCGCCGCAGCAGGGAGGCCCCAUGCCGGGCCUCCAUUACCCCAACGUGCCCACGACCUCGCAGAGCUCCAGGCCCAAAACGCCCAACAGAGCCAGCCCCCGGCCGUACCACCACCCCCUCACCCCGACCAACCGGCCGCCCAGCACCGAGCCCUCCGAGAUCAACCUGUCCCCCGAGAGGCUCAACGCCUCCAUCGCCGGGCUGUUUCCUCCCAAGAUCAACAUUCCUCUGCCUCCCAGGCAGCCCAACCUCAAUCGGGGAUUCGAUCAGCAAGGUCUUAACCCGACGACCCUGAAGGCCAUCGGGCAGGCCCCCCCGAGCUUAAGUCUGCCCGGCAACAACGGCGGCGUGGGCGGAAACAGCGGUCAGCAGCCUUUCUCUGCUGGCGCCGGAGUGGGAGGGGCUAAACAGGACAAGCAGCCCGCGGGGCAGGCCAAGAGGGCGAGUCCCAGCAACAGCCGGAGGUCGAGUCCCGCCUCCGGCCGCAAGUCGGCCACGCCGAGUCCGGGGAGGCAGAAGGGGACGAAGAUGGCCGUCAACUGCCCCCCCCCCCAGCAGCCGGUCAGCCUUCAGGGGCAGAGCGUGAUGCCGAGCCCCAACGCGGCGCCACCGCAGGCGGAGGCCCAGCAGACCCACGGGCCCUUCCACGGGAUGCAGGGCAACGCCGCCGAGGGCGUCGGCCAGGGGGCGGCGAUGGCGGCGCCGGAGCAGCGCCAGAUGCCGCAGCCCUUGAGGGAGUUGUCGGCUCCCAGGAUGCCGGGUCCUCGUUUCCCGCCGCCUCAGCAGCCCAAACCGGACUCGGAGCCGAAGGCCGGCGCGGUCGACCGGCUCACGGCGCAGGACGGCGGGUCGGCGCCCGGAGAGCGGGCGCCGACCCCGGCGCCGGCCCCGGCCUCCCUGAACCAGGUGCUGGAUAACUCGGGCGCCGCGAAGGCGGCUCCUCGGCCGGCUCCUCGGCCGGCUCAGGGCGGCGCGGUCAGGGACGCCGCGGGGAAGGAAGGCCCCAAGUCUGCUCUGGACCCGGAGAGACCGCCCUGCGGUGCCGCUCAGAGCGCCGCCGCGACGACCGCCGCCGUCAAUGUGUCGGAAGCUAAACCCAAACCUGCCGUCCCGAUCCCUAACGUGACCUCCGUCACGACCCUCAGCCAGAACCCCAUCUCGAGUAUCGCUGUCCAUCACAGUCCAAAUGUGAACCCGACUCCCACCGGCGGUCCCGUCCUCGGCGCCACCGCGAGUGGAAGCCCCCGCCCAGCGGUCGCUCCCGGUCAAAGCGGUCCCGCCUUGGCCGUCGGCGCCGGUUCUAACUCCGGCUCGGCUCCGAAACCGAACCCGAGUCUUAAACCCGUGCGGAGCGUUCACUCCGUCAUACAGAUCCCCGCCUCUACCAACGCAAUCCCGGCCAAUCAGAUCACGGUGUUCGUGACCUCUAACCCCGUGACCCUCCCCCCUCCCGCCCCCAGGGCGCCCACGUCUCUGGCCUCCGCCGCGGCGGCCGCGCCCAACCCGAACCCGAGACCUCAGGCCGUCCGGCAGCAGGCCCCGCCCCCCCGGCCUCAGUUCACCGCUCCCGUGUUCAUCGGCCCGGUGUUCCAGGUCCCCGGUGCGUCCGUGGUACCGGGGGCGGUCGCCAUCCAACUUCCUCCCGCCCCGAGCGCCACCCGGUCCUCCGGCGCUCAGCCCACCGGCGGCGCCGCUGCACAGGUCCGGGUCGCCGCGAGUGCGUCCCCACCGGCCCCCGCCGGUCCGACCUCAGCCCCACAGCCGGUUCAGCCGGCGGCUCCCAAAACAGAAACUCUAAGUGAGGCUUCUGCUCAGAAAGCGAGUCCCCCGGCCCGGCAGCCAUCUCCCCACCCGAGCCCCUCGGCAUCAUCUCCCUUCCAGGCACCCUUGGCUUCCCCCCCUCCCCCCCCUCCUCCUCCUCCUCCUCCUCUUAGCUCUAGUCCUGCGGCUGCUCACGGCAUCCGAAAGAGCCCCAUGUCGCAGUCGCAGCCCCCCGCUGCCCAGGCCAAAGGAAAACCAGCGCAGGCGGCAGUUUCUGGUCCAGCUGACUCCCAGCAGAGUCCUGUAGAAAGGCCCCCGCAGGGGCCCCCCGGGGCCGGGCCCCCGCAGGCCUUUCUUCCGGCCGCCAGUCCCGCCAUCCAGACGGAAGCCCCGGCUCCCCAAACCGCCGCUGCUGCCGCUUUGAAGAGCUUUGGUCCGUCUGCCGUCUCCUCUCCGGCCCCGGCCCCCGGCCAGGUGGCCCCUCCGGCUCAGAGCGUCGCCCCGGCUCCAGCUGCAGCCUCCAACCAGAGCGGAGCGCCUCAAGCUCCGACAGUCACCGCGGUUGGCCCCGCCGCGGUUGGCCCCGCCGCGGUUAGCACCGCCGCCGUUAGCGCAGCCACGGUUAGCGCAGCCACGGUUAGCGCAGCCGGCGUUAGCGCAGUCGCCGUUAGCGCCGCCGCGGCCUCGUCUCCUGCGCCGCUCUCGGCUCCCGUGGCGAGUCCCGUCCCGUCCGUCGUUCCAAUUGUCGCCGGCCCUGCAGCCGCUCUGGACGUUUCCCCCAUCGCAUCUCCUCCGGUUGCUAACCCCAGCGUGGUUCCUCCGGCGCCGCCGACCCCCCCGGCUGCGGCGCCCUCCGUGGCGCCGGCCGCUGCAUCUGUAGAAACCACUCAGACCACCACAGUCCCCAUCCAACCAGCCCCUCCGCCCCAUGAAGCUGCUGCCGGGGAGAAGCCGGGUGAAGAGGCCUCCACGGGGUCCGAGUCAGGAUGGGCAAAGAAAAGAAAGACGCCCGUCAACUUGGUCCCACGGUACGUAUCUUUGCCGGCGGUGGAGAAACCCAAAGGCCCGAGCAGACGCAGCUCCCGGGCCGAGAAGGAGGUGGAGGAGGAGCCGGUCGCCGACAGCGGCGUCAGGAAGAGAUCGGCCCGACCCGGAACCAGCGCCGCGGUGAAAGAAACUGGAGCGAGCCCCACGCAGGCCAAACGAAGGAAGUCUAAAUAGACACAACGCAGUCGCCUGACCCUGUGAACCGUACUGUACCCCCCCCCCCCCCACUGUGACUCCGUUUAUAGGUUUCUCUGUUGUUGUUGUUGUUGUUGUUUCCCCGCCCAUAGAUUAUUAACUUUUCAGUGGAGGAAGAACCCAAUGUACAGGUCGUGUUUUAAGUCAUCGUGCUCUCGCGUGAGGUCGUAGUUUGAAUGUGUGCAAUACGGAUUGUGUUUUUGUGUGUGUGUGUGAAUGUGUUUUUAUAUAUAUUAAUAUAUAUAUUAAUAUUAUUAUACAUGUAUAUUAUUAUUAUAUAUAUUAAUAUUAUAUAUUAAAUGCUGGAUUAAUCACGUGAAGGCGAUGGAGCGUGUCAUGAUUGUAUAAUUAUGUUGUAAAACUGAAUAAAAUUUUCUACAGCUUUUUGUCCCGUGAA